AUUACUACGGGUAUGUUGAAAGCUAUUAGAUUAUUUAUUUCGCAUAAUCAAUAAUUAAAAAUUUUAAAUUUUGUAAUGAUAAGGCUUUCUAAUCUUUUAGCUUUUUAAUAAAGUUAGGGAAGACUACAUAUUUAUUUCAAUUUGUUUUCGGCGGCUGUCAGCGAUAUACGCACCUAUAAUUAUCGCUUAUCAUUGUUUGAAUACAAUUUUCCGUUUUCAGAUCAAAUAAACCAGCAUGGUUCAAAUAGAAGGAAUAUACAUAAAUGAUAGGAGCGAGAAUUUGGACGACUACUUUCUAGAAGUAGGCGUGCCGUUUAUUCCAAGAAAACUGCUGUGCUCGUCAAAGCCGACAUUGGAAAUCAAAAGAGAGAAUGAUGAAUGGACAAUUACGGUGUCUACACUUUUAAGAACAAAUAUUACAACGUUCAAACUUGGUGCCGAAUAUGAAGAACAUAUGCCUGGUGGAGUGCUUAGGAAUAUUACUACAUUGGAAAAUGGUAAACUUAUUACAUUAUCGUUGGGACCAGGAGAUGUUAAAUCAAAACGUGAAUAUGAGUUUACUGAUGAGGGAUGCGUUAUCACCUACUCGAGUGAAAAGACCUCCAAAGUUGCAAAAAGAUACUUCAAGAGGAUUUAAAAUAGUUAUAAGAAUAUUUUUUUAUUAUGUAAAAGAAAUAAAGGUUGAAGCAAGCUG